UCCUUUUUAUAUUCUGUAUUGGCCCAGCUGAAUAACUCAAGUAGUCGAGCGGAAACAACGUUAUUUUGUAACUUUAAAGCUUAUAUGUAUUACAACUACGUAGAUAUUUGAGUAAAAUGGCGGAAAUGAAAAAGGUUUUCUUACUUAUUCUUAGCAUAGUCGGCUUAGUCCGGUCUUACGACUAUUGUGGCGAGAGUCUAUCUUGCGCAGAAGGCUACUGCUGUGAAGACAAUACACGUUGCUGCGAUUCCUUGUGGGGCACGGGCGGGUUUGUUGGGCUAGGAUUUGGGAUCGUCAUCUUCGUCUGCAUUAUAGCUGUGUUUGCUUACUUUUGCCGGAGGCGCUACUACACAAGGCAGCCAGUAUACAUUCAGCAUCCCUUGCCCGGCGCCAAUGUGACCGUGGUCAACACAUCAACAGGGGCACCUGUACAAACGGGAUACAUGCCGCAUCCCCCGACAGGACAGGCGGGAUACAUGCCGCCAGCCCCGACUGGACAGGUGGGAUACAUGCCCCCAGCCCCGACUGGACAGGCGGGAUUUGUGAACCCAAUGGCGGAACAGACAUCGUGCCCUCCGCCCUAUUGGAAGUAGAGCAUGCAUGUACUUAAAGACUGGUUGAAAUGAGCCUGUGAUUUCGUGCAUAAAAUGUUCUAAAGUUA